UCUAUCUGGAGAUUUGAUGAAAUAAAUGGGAUAAAAAACAAAGAUAUAUUAAUUUGUCAAUAAAGAUAAAAAUAAUAGAAAGUUUUUGUAUAUAACUUAGGAAAUAAGAAAAAAUUAAAAUAUUAAUCUUUAAAAUUAAAAGAAAAAAAAAACCUACAAUUAAAAUAAAAAGCAAAAAGCAUUUUAAAAUUUCUAUCUCAAAAAUUCAAACAAAUAAAAAUGAGCUCCUCUGAUAAUUCCCACUCUAAAAAGCCUUAAAUUUUCAUCAAUCAUGUUGACUUAUCCAUUACCGAAGAAGAUAUAAAAAAAGCCUGCGAAAAUAAGGAUACCAAACCAACCAGCGUAACAAUUCGCAAAAACCAUGACUAAAAGAGCAAUAAUGUUAAUAUCACUUUUGCUAACGAAAAUGAAGCUAAAAUCCUCAAGGGUAACGAUAGCAUAUUAAAAGUUAAUGAUAUUACUUUGAAAUUAGAAGAAUAUCAAACUAUUUAUCCUCCUAAUGUCUUUUUGAAGAAUAAUUAUGGAUUUACUGAAGAAUAGAUCCAUGAAGGAAUUAAAGCCAUAAUCAAGAACUACUUCCACUUAUCAGUUAGCAAUCAUUUAGUUAACAUCUACGUGUAAGAAACUGAUGAUUUGAAUCUUUUAAUCAACCAUGAACAUAAAAUCUAAGGAAAGGAAGUCCGUUUUGAAAAGUUCUAAAAAAGCGUUAAUAGCAAGUAAAGCAAGUAGAAUUAGUUAUACAUAAAGUUCAGCACCAAUUUAGGCACCAAAACUUAGGAAAUAUAAGAUUUCAUCAAAAACAAGUUCAAUAACGAAGUUACCAUUAGUUCCUUCAAUUCUCUUGAAAAAAGUGCUAGUUAAAAUUAAUUAACCUACUUUAGUGUAAACUUUAAUGACGAAUAGUAGGCUUAAGAGUAUUACAAUGAGUUGAAAGAAACAUAAACAAUUUUAAAUCAUAAAGUCAGCGUUUCUUGGAAAAGACCAGAAAAUAGUGAAGAUAGAACUUUGGUUUUAAAGUUUUUAAAAAUGACUGUUUAGGAAGAAGAAGUUAAAAAUGUGUUUACUUAAUUUGGUCAUGUUCAAUAAUUAGAAUUAUUUAACGCUGCCUAAAUUAAGGAUAAGCCACUUACAAAAAGUGCUUAUCUUUUGAUGUCUAGUGAAGAUGCUUGCAAACAAAUUAUGGCAGAAGCUCACAAGGACCCUAAAGUCAAAUAGCUCUUCAAUCAAGAAAAACCUUCAAUUUCUCCUUAAAUCGCUAAGACUGAGCUUAUGACCUAUAAAAAUGCCAUACAUCCAAAUGUUAACUAUAACUAGAAUAUUUUCGUUCCUCCUUAAUUCCCAAUCCCUUAAAAUUAACCUAUGUAUCCUAAUAAUCCUUACUUCUAUAUGCAAUAACCUUAAUUUUACUAAAUUCCUUAUUACAAGCAACAAACUCCUCAUAUGAACUAAUAAGGAAGACACUUUAAAUAAAACUAUAAUUAAAACAAUAAAAGACCCAAUCACUAUCAUGGAAACCCUGCAAACUAAUAAUAUCAUCAUUAAAAUUAAGUUUAAAAUGGUGGUAAUAAUUACAUGAAGAACUAAAACCAAUAAGGUUACAGAUAGUAAUAAUAUUAACAACAACCUCAUCCACAAUAAUAGCAAUAAUAACAGUAAUAGUAGUAAUAAUAAUAAAAAUAAUAUUAAAUAUAGACCAAAGAAUAGUUAGAAUAAUAAUUAAAAUAAAACCCUCAAAAUUUCGAUCAAUUUAUUAAAUAAUAUACAAAAUCAUAUAUUGAAGAUAAAUUAAGAUCUGACUAGAAGCUAUCUAACUUUAUUAAAUAUGCUUUCCAAAUAGCUGAAAUGAUUACUGACAAAGAAAAUUUCACCAAUGAUGAAAUCAUUGAAACAGUUACAAAUGAAAAAGAAAUCGUUGAUAGAAUUAAUGAAGCUGUUGAGUUAAUUUUAAAAAGUGCUUAAAUCAAACAAUGA